CUCCACCUCCUCCUCCUCCCCGCCCGGCUGAGAGGGGUCGGGGGAGGGGGCAGCAUGGCCUGGCCGUCCGGCCCCUUUUCCAACGCUCAGCUGCCCCGGGAGUGUGGCGCUGCGCCUCGCAGGGAGAAGAGGUCCGAAUGGAGACAGAAGCCAACCAGCCCGGCCUCGCCUCCCCGGACUCCCCCCACGACCCCUGCAAAAUGUUCAUCGGGGGAUUGAGCUGGCAAACCACGCAAGAAGGAUUGCGGGAGUAUUUUAGCCAGUUUGGCGAAGUGAAAGAGUGCCUGGUCAUGAGGGACCCGCUGACAAAGCGAUCCAGAGGAUUCGGGUUUGUCACUUUCAUGGACCAAGCUGGUGUGGACAAGGUACUGGCCCAAUCUAGACACGAACUGGACUCCAAGACGAUUGACCCAAAGGUUGCAUUUCCCCGCAGAGCACAGCCCAAGAUGGUGACACGGACCAAGAAGAUAUUUGUGGGCGGCCUCUCCGUGAACACCACCGUGGAGGAUGUGAAACAGUAUUUUGAACAAUUUGGGAAGGUGGACGACGCAAUGCUCAUGUUUGACAAGACCACAAACAGGCACCGAGGUUUUGGAUUUGUCACAUUCGAAAGUGAAGACAUUGUGGAGAAAGUCUGUGAGAUCCACUUCCAUGAGAUCAACAACAAAAUGGUGGAAUGUAAAAAAGCUCAGCCAAAGGAAGUGAUGUCCCCCACUGGCUCUGCAAGAGGGCGGUCCCGGGUGAUGCCUUACGGAAUGGACGCCUUCAUGCUCGGGAUUGGCAUGUUGGGUUACCCAGGUUUUCAGGCUGCCACCUACGCCAGCCGAAGUUACACGGGCCUUGCGCCUGGCUACACUUACCAGUUCCCUGAAUUCCGGGUAGAGAGGACCCCCCUCCCGAGUGCCCCAGUACUCCCUGAGCUGACAGCCAUCCCUCUCACUGCGUAUGGACCCAUGGCAGCGGCAGCAGCAGCGGCGGCUGUGGUGCGGGGGACAGGUAACUGCCGUGCUCCCUGGGGGGUGGCUCCUCCUGUAGGGUCCAACCCGAGCCGCACCGGUGGAUUCCUGGGCACCACCAGCCCUGGGCCAAUGGCGGAGCUUUACGGAGCAGCCAAUCAGGAUUCAGGAGUCAGCAGCUACAUCAGCGCAGCAAGUCCCGCCCCAAGCACUGGCUUUGGCCACAGCCUAGGGGGACCUUUGAUUGCAACAGCGUUUACUAAUGGUUACCACUGAAGCUGAGGACCAAGGAAGGAGGAGAUUCCCCAGUGAGCAAACCAAGGACAAGCGACCUGGAGGAUCCGGCAACACUUGAGGGAUGAGCCAAGAUUUCAUUUUUAGUAAAUAAAACUGCACACUCGUGGCUGUUUUCUGGGCUUCUCCUGGCCUGCCCUGAUCUCUCCAUUGACCAGAUCUUGAGCACUGGAUUUGAACGCAAGGAGAUCUUGUCUCCUCUUCUUACUAACCGCUGACCGUUUACACUUGUCCCCAAACCCUCCACCCCAACAAUUCUUCUUUUAUUUAUUUUGUUAGCUUGUUAGCUUUUAUUUUUAAUUUUUUUUGGGGGGGAGAGGGGGGUGCUGGGGAAGGAGGACCGAGGAGGUGUGAAGUCAGUCCUCUCGCUGUCAUUGUUUUUUCGUUGUUGUGGUUCUUUUUGCUCUUUUGCAGAGCCUCUCAGAAGAACCGUUUUUAUGAAUUUGGAUUUUAUUUUAUUGUGAUUGUGAGUAGGGGGUAGUUUUUAUUGAGGAAUAUUUUUAUUUGGCUUUGAAAUCUUUUUGUUUUGUUUUGUUUUUAGAUAUAUAUUAUAUAAAUAUAUAUUUGGGGGGGGGGUAGGGCAGGAGGAAGGAACAGGACUUGGUCAUGAGAAAGCAAAAGGUUCUCUUGGAAAGGACGCAUUGAGAUGUCAAGUGAAGGCAGUUCCAAAGGGUAGGCAGAGAGCAGGGAGCUGUCGCUGCAUCGGGCAGAUUCUCUUUCUCUCUGUCUCUCUUCUUUUUUUGUAAAAAAAA